UCAUAGGUGAAGGAGCAACUCCAGUGUGACAGUAAGGUGCUCUCUCUCCGAGACGCAGGACUCACUCGGACCCGAGGGCUGCGUGGAUCUAGAGAUGAACAUCCGGGUGGUGCAGAUCUUCGGCUUCCUCUUCACCGUGCUGGGCUGGAUCUUUGUGGCCUGCACCAUGGCCAUGGAGUACUGGAAGAUCACUGCCAUCGGGGGCCUGGGCGGAUCCAACAUCAUCAAGGUGGCCUGGUACUGGUCCAGUCUGUGGCGGGCCUGUUUCACUGACUCCACCGCCGUCACCAACUGCAUCGACUUCCCUGUACUGUGGUCUGUGGAAGACUACAUCCAGGUGGUGAGAGGUUUGCUGAUGAGCGCGCUCACUAUUGGCAUGCUUGGCUUUGUCCUGUGUCUGAUGGGCAUGGAGUGUACCUACAUUGGCGGGAAGGACAAGCACAAGAACAGGACCGCCUUGUCUGGGGGGAUCUGCCACAUUAUCAGCGGGCUGUCGUCCUUCUCUGCUUACGUGGUGUAUGCAAACAACGUUUCGGCCGAGUAUUUCAACCCUCACUUUGUGGGUCUCAGAUUUGAUUUGGGAACUCCAUUAUUUCUUGGGUGGGUUGGGUCUGCAUUUGAAAUGGCUGGGGGUGUGUUCUAUUGUGUAUCUGUGGGGAAGCUUCUCUCCACACAGAGUCCAAAAGAGGACAAGCCUGAAGAAACUAAGCCUAAAGCAGGAACAGAGGUCUACUCAAGAUCCAAGAUCUACUCGAAAUCCAAGCUCUCCUCAGAAUCCAGGCUAUCGUCAGAAUCCAGGCUGUCCUCGGAAUCCGGCCUCUCCUCGAGGUCGGACCUCUCCUCAGUGUCCGAAACAAGCAGCAGUCUCGGGUCCUCAGUCACCAGCGGCUCCAGGAGCGACCGCAGGGCAUUCAACAGGAACUCCUACGUGUGAUUAAAAGCACGGACAGGCUUGAGUCAGUGAGGGGUCUGGAUGUGCACAGAGUGCCAGUGGGUUCUGGACUGCUAAAGGGUUUUGUGCCCAUGUUGUGGCUGCAUGGGUUUUGAUCUCAUGUUGACAUUUACACACUGACUGUAAAUAGGGUAAAAUUAAACAUGUGAUUAUAGCUAAGGUUGCCUUUAAACUACACUCAUUCAGCACCCAUUGGAAUGAACAUUUUAGGAUGUAUCUGAGGGAAACUGAAACAACUUUUAAACAAAAUUUUCACGGCAAUAUGUUUGACAACUAGGAAAAUACAUCUGUGGCCUUUUAAGCAGAGUAUUUUUUAAUUGCCGUUUGCCUGGGGCCAGAGUAAUUCAAGCAAAACCACUGCAGCCUUUUCAACACCUGACUACACAUAUCACUUCCUGUUCUGCAGCGGGAGCAGACUGCCAAUGUCCUCUUUGUUUACAUAGGAAGCCGUCUGUGAUUUGGUGCCACCCAGUGUGCAUUGUGUGACUGUUGAAACGAAGACGGUUGUGUUGUACUGUAAAUUUAUUGCAUCUAACUGGUGUUUUUUGUGUGUUUUUAUGUCAAUGUUUGACUAUAAACUGCAUAUGAAAUCACA